AUGAAGAUAAUGAUGGGGUUGAGCUCUACUCCGUUGAAGCUUCAAUGUGAAGCUUUGAUGGAGUAUUUUGAAGGAGCUUUUAUAGAGUUGGUUAGAGAUUGGAAGGAGGAGAUUAAGUUGUUUAGAAGUUGGAGGGCUCCAGAAUUUGACAUUUUGAAUUGGUGGAAGGUAAAUGGAGUUGUGUAUCCAACACUUCAAGCAAUUUCAAGAGAUGUGUUAGCUAUUCCUAUCUCUAUAGUAGCUUCUGAAUCGGCCUUCAGUAAUAGUGGUAGAAUAUUGAGUCCUCAUCUUAGCCGACUUAACUGGACUACCGUAGAGGCUUUGAUGUGUGCUAGGAGUUGGCUAUGGGCUGCUGAGAAUAACGGAAUUUUUAGAGUUGUAGAAGAAAUUGCUACUGUGUUGAAUGAAAUGGAGUCAGACGAUGAAGCUGAGUUGAUGGAAGGUUGUUUGGGUUACCAUUUUGAAGAUUAG